UCCUCCCAUUUUGCACCUAAAUUUUCUUUCCACCACUCAAAUUCUGUUCCUCUCAAUGCCAACAAUUUUCUUUCGGAUUUUCUUCAUAUACAAUCUCGUUUUAGAUUAUUUGGUCCCCAAGAAACUCAAAUCCUUCCUCUCUCGUUCUCGGAUUAAUCCUACCCACGCUUCCACUGUCGUCUCCGCCAGCGGUCAAGUCGGGGUACACACGUCUCCGGCACCGACACUAGCGACCGCAGCGGCAUUACCUCUGAAAAGAAUGGACGUGACAGAUUUGAAGAAGAUUUUCCAGAUGUUCGACAAGGAUGGGGAUGGAGCGAUCACGAAGAAAGAGUUGACUGAUUCGUUGGAGAAUAUGGGCGUCUCUAUCUCCGAUACUGACUUGGUGCAAAUGAUCGAACGGUUUGAUGUCAAUGGUGAUAUGUGUAUCGACAUCAAUGAAUUCACCGAGUUGUAUCAAUCAAUUAUGGAAAAUAAGGAUGAAGAAAAAGAUAUGAAGGAAGCUUUCAACGUUUUCGAUCAAAACGGGGAUGGUUACAUUUCAGUUGAUGAAUUGAAGUCUGUUUUGGAUGCUCUCGGACUUAAGCAAGGGAAAGCGAUGGAAGAUUGCAAGAGGAUGAUAACGAAAGUAGAUACAGAUGGGGAUGGUAGGGUUAAUUUCAUGGAGUUCAAGCAAAUGAUGAAAGCAGGUGGCUUUGGUGCCAUGGCUUGACUCUCAACUCUCAAGUUAGGGUUCUAUUUUUGGAUUGUGCAUAAGCUUUGUGACAUCUCCGGCCUUGACUCGUUGCUGCAUUACAUUGGUUCAACGGAGCGCAUCAGUGCCAAUGGGUUGCUGCCACUUGUCGACUUCGUAGCCCAAAAAUGGGGUGCAUAACUUGAAGAAGGGAGAGGAUGCAAUGGGAACAAUUUUAUCACCAAAGAUUUGAUGACAAUUCUUCAGGCUUGUAAAAUUGGUUUGGGGAUUUGGUGUUUUUGUUGUUUCUGUUUCUGAUUUUUCCCAUUCUCAUUAAGUUAAUUGUUUGAUUUGCUUGAAUGAUAUUUGAACGAGGAAGAAGUGCUUUUCUUUUGUUUUAAUAAUAUUCGUGUUAUCUUUCCAA